AUGAUCUAUAACCUGCCACGAGCUUCGGGCAGCUCCCCUGCUCUUGCAGGUCCUACCUCCCAAUCGCCGGGAUCUGACAAGCAAUUUACACCUACUACGGCACCAGACGUGGCCCAGGGGAGCAUAUUGGACUUGGGGAAGCCCCCAAAGAGGCGAAGGAGAGGCUCCGUUGGUAGCGCCGACUCGUCGAAAUCUGAAGCCGAUCUCAUGAAAAUUCGCAAUUCUUCUGAUCGCGCUGAUAUCUUGAUGGAAGUCACCGAGCAGGAGUCCAACGACGCGGCCUUUCGCGAGUGGGCUUCGGAUCCUAUCGAAGUCGAUCCAGAGGCAACGGUUCAUUACGUGGACAGGUUUUUUGCGUGCAUCAACGACGGCCUCUUUCAAUUGCUACCGAGGAAACCGUUUCUUCUUUGGCUGAAAUCCUGUCGAACCAAGUCUCUGGACGAUAAGAUGCUCCUCUACUCGGUGCUGGCGCUGGGAUCGAUUUUUUCAGAUCGUCCGGAAAGGAUCGUUGCGGGAAAGCGGUUUUUUACGACGGCUAAGUACGCAGUGGACAAGAGUCAGCAUCGUCUGACCUUACAACUAGCUCAGAGUCGAAUCAUUCUGAGCUUGUGGUACUCCGCUAUAGGGGCGUUGACCAACGCCUGGGAUUUCAUCGGUGCUGCCGCCAGGACGGUUUGCGGACUGCGCUACAACGUUGAACCGGAUGGACCGGUUAUUGGCGCGAACCAGGUUUGCGAAUAUGGAUUGCAUCCUCAAGCCCUGAUUGAGUGCCAUCGACGCACCUUCUGGGCUGUCUUCAUCCUGGAUGUUAGUUACCUCUCCCUGCGGUGA